AUGAUAAGGAAGGCGAUCAACAAUGGUGAUUUUCACGCUUUCAAAGCCAAUGAAGAAGAGGAGAUUAGUUUGCUACAAUUCGCGGAUGACACAUUAAUAAUCGGGGAAGGUGACACUUCUAAUUUGUGGAGUAUAAAAGCAAUGUUAAGGGGGUUUGAGGUUAUGUCGGGAUUGAGGAUUAACUUCAACAAGAGUAAUAUUUAUGGUAUUAAUGUGGUGAAUUGUUAUAAGAUUAUUGCUGUUAAUACGAGUAGAAGAAAAUACGAAGUCAGCGUUAAAGUCAGCGUUCAUACUUUGGGUACUCGUUGUUGGAGAAGGAUUCUGGACUUCCCAGGUCCUGGCCUCGUUCCUAAUCCUGGGUCAGGAACAUUUUUGAAUGACUCCGUUAAUUGGUUGACACGUGAUACUACUGGUGGGGCGUAUUUAAUUGUUUCUCUUGAUUUGGAGAAAGAGUCCUAUCAAAAGCUUUCACUGCCUGUCUUUGAUGAUGUGACUACCUUAGGGACAUUGAGGGGUUGUUUGUCUCUCCUCUCUUCCAGGGACGAGUUUGAUGAUGUUUUGAUUAUGAAGGAAUACGGUAAUGAAAAUUCUUGGAUUAAAUUGUUCACUGUUCCUCACACGAAUCCAUGGGGUGAUGAUUGUCACUAUACCAAGGUAUUAUAUAUUUCAGAAGAUGACCAAGUGUUGAUGGAGUUUUGCAAGGAUUGGACUGAGACGGAAUAUAAUUUGGUGGUUUAUGAUUCCAUAAAUAAUACUUUCAAGAUUCCGAAAUUUCAAAACAACAUCCAUGGUCAUAUGGUGGCAAAAGAAAUCUAUGUUGAGAGCUUGAUUUGUCCUUUCUAG